AUGACAUUGCAUGAUGACGUCCUUUCGUCCAUACGGCCUGACAACGCUUAUGAUACGUUGAAGUCUGCCAUUAUUUCGCGCUCGACGAUUUCGGAGCGAGCGAGGAUACAGCAGCUCCUUGCGACUGAAGAGCUUGGUGACCGCCGUCCGUCGCAGCUCCUGCAUCGGAUGAAACAGCUCCUGGGAGAUCGAUCACGCGACCACUCCGCGAUCCUCCGCGAGCUCUUCCUCAACCGCCUUGCUCAAGAUGUGCGACUCAUCUUGGCUGGGAACGACGAUGUUGCCUUAGACCGUUUGGCCGACCUCGCUGACCGCAUCACAGAUUAUGUUUCAGCCAGCGUGGCAACAGUGCGUUCCCCUGCAGCCGCGCCACCUCCGGCAACUAGUGAACUGGAAGCUGCCAUCGCACGUUUGGCGGGGGAGAUGGAAAAAAUGUCGACGCAACUGGCUGAUCUGCAAGCUAAUCUUUACGGCCAAACUCGCAGGCCCUGA